AUGGACUGGUGCUGCGCUGCCAUCAACCAGCCCUCACUCUCCUUGGUGAGAGCUCUGUUUCUGUUACGAACUUUGGUUUGCCGUGCUUCCGACUGGAUUGUAAAGGAGAUGAAGAAAUGGGCCGAUACUUGGCUGACAAUGACGGUGGUUGUCCUGUUCUUACAACUCGUGGGCUUUCUCAAACACACCAGAAUGUUUGAGGAACUUGGCAUCGGGAAUGCUCUCAUUUCCAUGGCCGCUGCCUUGCUUGCCAUCCUCGCCGCUGUCUCGAAGUGUCUCAUCGACAUAAUAUAUACGCGCGGAACUGCUGCGUAA